UUUGACCACUGUUCUCCGUACGAGGGCUUUUUCUGUCUGUCUGUCCGGCGGGCUGGCUUUCCCCCUCUUUCCCACGGAGCCCGCGCCGGGCGCCCGGUGGAGAGUGGGGAGUGGGUGGGGGCAGCCAGCAGAGUUCCAUUUUGGAACGCCCGUGCCGCGUCUCCGCGUUCCCAGCCCGGGUCCCCGCGUUCCCAACCCCGGCGCAGGUCUUGACGCACUGACUGGCCGCGGAGUCCAAGUGUGAAAAGAGUCCCAGGAUGUAAGCGAUACGGGGCUGAUACGAUGCUGCGUCUCGUGUUUAAUGGUUGGAGCAGUUACAGUUUUCUGUGCUGAGAUCAUUCUGGAAACUCAAACACUAGACUUCAGCAUUGAAGGGAAGCCAAAGUCACUGGAGGGGGAAUAAAGCCAAGAGCCUUUCUUUGACCUUAUUUGUUCCAAAAAUUUCACGGCCUCUCCCCUACGUGCCCCGCCCCCAUCCCCACCCCAAAAUAAGCCAUCACACACAGACGGGCAGCAUGGCGAGCAAACGCAAGUCUACCACCCCAUGCAUGGUGCGGACAUCCCAAGUGCUAGAACAAGACGUGCCCGAGGAAGGAGACAGGGCCAAAGAGAAAGGGAUCGGCACGCCCCAGGCUGAAACGGCCAAGGGUAAUUGGGCAGCAGAACCCGAAAACGCUUCCAAAGAAAACGAAGUGAUAGAGGUGAAAUCGACAGGGGAGAACCCUUCCAAAAAGCUCCAAGGCGGUUACGAGUGCAAAUACUGCCCCUACUCCACGCAGAACCUGAACGAGUUCACGGAGCACGUGGACAUGCAGCACCCCAACGUGAUCCUGAACCCCCUCUACGUGUGCGCUGAGUGCAACUUCACCACCAAAAAGUACGACUCCUUGUCCGACCACAACUCCAAGUUCCAUCCCGGGGAGACCAACUUCAAGCUGAAGCUGAUCAAGCGCAAUAACCAAACUGUCCUGGAACAGUCCAUCGAGGCCACCAACCACAUCGUGUCCAUCACCACCAGCGGCCCUGGAGGCAGUGACGCUGACCCUGGGAUCUCGGUGAGUAAGACUCCCAUCAUGAGGCCAGGGAAACCGAAAGCGGAUGCCAAGAAGGUGCCCAAGAAGCCUGAGGAGGCCGCCCCCGAGAACCACGUGGAGGGGACCGCUCGCCUGGUGACAGAUGCAGCCGAGAUCCUCUCGAGACUCGGAAGUGUGGAGCUACUGCAGGAGUUAGGGCACGUCAUGCCUUCUGUCCAGCUCCCACCAAAUAUCAACCUUGUCCCCAAGGUCCCCGUCCCGCUGAAUACUACCAAAUACAACUCCGCGCUGGACACGAACGCCACCAUGAUCAACUCCUUCAACAAGUUCCCUUACCCGACCCAGGCGGAGCUGUCCUGGCUGACGGCCGCCUCCAAACACCCCGAAGAGCACAUCAGAAUCUGGUUCGCCACCCAGCGCCUGAAGCACGGGAUCAGCUGGUCCCCGGAGGAGGUGGAGGAGGCCCGGAAGAAGAUGUUCAACGGCACCAUCCAGACAGUCCCCCCGACAAUCACUGUGCUGCCCACCCAGCUGGCCCCCGCCAAGAUCCCGCAGCCCAUCCUGCAAACAGCUGUGCCGUGUCAGAUCCUCGGCCAGACCAACCUGGUGCUGACGCAGGUGACCAGCGGGCCAGCGACCGUGUCUUGCUCCCCUAUCACUCUUGCCGUGGCCGGGGUGACCAAUCAUGGCCAGAAGAGACCUUUAGUGACUCCCCACGCUGCCCCCGAGCCCAAGCGCCCACACAUCGCUCAGGUGCCAGAGCCCCCACCCAAGCUGUCCAGCCCUGUGCUGACUCCGGCCAGCGAACGCAAGAAGACAAAGGAGCAGAUAGCCCAUCUCAAGGCGAGCUUUCUCAAGAGCCAGUUCCCGGAUGACGCCGAGGUCUACCGGCUCAUCGAGCUGACCGGCCUUGCCAGGAGCGAGAUCAAGAAGUGGUUCAGUGACCACCGGUAUCGGUGUCAAAGGGGCAUCGUCCACAUCACCAGCGAAUCCAUUGCCAAAGACCAGCUGGCCAUCUCGGCCUCCCGACACGGCCGCACGUACCACGCCUACCCAGACUUUGCCCCGCAGAAGUACAAAGAGAAAACACAGGGUCAGGUUAAAAUCCUGGAAGACAGCUUUUUGAAAAGCUCUUUCCCGACCCAAGCGGAACUAGAUCGGCUAAGGGUGGAGACGAAGCUGAGCAGGAGGGAGGUCGACUCCUGGUUCUCGGAGCGGCGGAAGCUUCGGGACAGCAUGGAACAAGCGGUCUUGGAUUCCAUGGGGUCCGUGAAAAAAGGCCAGGAUGUGCUGGCCCCCAACGGUGCUCUGUCUCGCCUUGACCAGCUCUCCGGUGCCCAGUUGGUCAGCUCCCUGCCCAGCCCUUCACCAGCAAUCGCUACAAGUCAAGAACAGGUGCAUCUCCUGAGGAGCACGUUUGCAAGAACCCAGUGGCCUACGCCCCAGGAGUACGACCAGUUAGCAGCAAAGACCGGCCUGGUCCGGACUGAAAUUGUGCGUUGGUUCAAGGAGAACAGAUGCUUGCUGAAAACGGGGACCUUGAAGUGGCUGGAGCAGUACCAGCAGCAGCAGGUAGCGGAGGACCACGGCUACGACAUCCUGUCGAGGAAGGCAGCGAAAGCCGUGGUUGUCACCGUCACCGAGAGCCCAAAGAACGGGAGCGAGGUGGGGCCGCAGUUCCACACGGACCCCAAAAAGCUCCACGAAGAGGACUUGGAGAAGCUGGUGCCCAGGGCGAAAGUGGGCAGCAGCGAGCCAGCGAAAGAUGGUUUGCCGGCAAAGCCCUCAGAGGCCACCUCGGACAGGUCGGAGGGCAGCAGCCGGGACGGCCAGGGCAGCGACGAGAACGAGGAGUCGGGUGUCGUGGACUGGGUGGAGGUGACGGUGGGAGAGGAGGACGCCAUCUCCGACCGGUCGGACGGCUGGGGUCAGACGGCCCCCGAAGGCGCCGCGGAGCCGGCCGACUCAGACUCCGACAGCGUCCCCACGGAGGCCGGCCGGGCCUAGGCAGGGAGGUCGGUCAGGACGGCUCUGCUGACAAAGGGGAUGCUCCGUCUUUGAAGCAAGAAGAGAACUUCCUUCCCUCCUAGACCUGCGGGAGGCCACCUGGCCAGAGGCUCCAAGCAGAACUACUCCACUGGCCCGUCCCUGCCCGGGCGGGAACCCAGCGACUCUCACAGGCGCCUCCCAGAGGAUGGGUGGGAAUUGUUCGUUGUGCCAAAGUCCUACUACUGCGUUUUCAAUGGUUCCUUGUAAAUACUUUGCUCCUCUGCCCUGUCCCCCACCUCUCGCGCUACUGGAACCAAUUUGUACCAUGGGGGGGAUUUUGCUACCUUUUUAAUCAAGCGCAAUUUCCAUCUCCAACACUACCAUCGGAAGGUUGUUUGUUUGUUUUUUUUCCAGGAGGGAGGGCUGAUCACGCGUGCUUUUUAUCUUUCUUCCUUUUCUUUUUCCUUUUUAUUUUAAUAAUUUUGGGAGAGGGGGUAACAUUAGCAUUAGUGCCAUUGUAUCUACUGGAUUUUAGGUAGGGAGAAUUCGUUUUUAAAGGCAGUUUGAAAUGCAGGAGAUUUCUCGGGGAGAAGCUGGCAGCCUCCACUUGGAGAGAGUUUACAGACGGCAGAUCUUCCGAAUCAAAUCCAUUUUCUCCUCUUCCCCCAGCCGCCUUUGGACUUCCCGUGCAGCCAGGCGCAAGGCUUUCUGCACAGCCCCUUACAGGUUUCUGCACGGCCCGGCCUCUCAGUGAGAGCUGGGGCCCAGCCAGCGCUGGGUGACCGGCGGUGGGGGGGGCAGGCGGCUGUCCUUUUCAAGCACCUUUUUGGGUUCCCCAGGAAAGGGCUGUCCCGUCUGUGAGCGUUAGCUUUACUUUCAUGAAAUUACUACGGAAAGGGACCUUCCUGUCCAGAUGGUAUGAGGACGGACCACUUUGGGUUUUGUUUCUGCCCCUAACUGCCAUUUUUCAGUGUGGUAUUUGACAGGAUUUCAGCUUGAAGCCUCACCGUGAACUGACUUUUUUUUUUGCUGGUGGUGUGUUUGUUUUGGGCCAAUUUUAGAUUCCUGAGUGCACUUUUUUUCUCCCGUUAGUCCUAACUUUUAAAGAGGAGAAAGCAGGAGACGUAUCUGGUGUAAAUGUUGCAAGAUGAACUCGGUUUGCAGCGCCCCCCCCCCACCACCCCAAUUUGACUACACUGCACAAAUAAAAGGCUAGGGAGUUUGGAAAGAAGCAAUUUUUCUAACUUGUUGCUCAUUUGUUGUAACUCAAUAAAGCAAAGACUAAACAUUUUUAUAA